AUGUCUGCAGAAGAAAGGUUUCCCAAUUUUUGUAACACCGAAGAAGCCAAAUUACGGUUCAUGGGGGCCAUGCAUUGUAAUUCACUCUAUGCAAGUUAUGCUGCUGCUAAAGCCAUUGAUCUAAGCGCGUACAGAAGCUGCUGUGAUCUAGGAGGUAAGUCAAAAAACGGAAAGUUCGAAUACAUCACACGAUAUUUUUAAACCUUUGCCUGUCAGCGCUGUGAAAACAAUACUGGCUGAAGUUUAUUCCACCUCUUCUGAACGAGCAAUAUAAAGAAACCACGAUCAACAAGAAGACGCCCGAAGGCGCUUACGCGGGAUGUGUUGGUGUAACAAAGAAUUACCAAUAUGUUGAAUGGCAAUGGCAAGUUGAGUACUGCAUGCAACAAAUGUGUGAAGGAGAGACGGAGAUGUUCUGUUAAGGACUAAUACACUAGAAGAUGAGUUACACACAAGGGUUCCUUUGCUACUCAAAACAAAACUUACAUCAAUAUUACCACCAUAUAUGUUAGGAGUAUGGGGUAGUUCACCAAAAUUUGCAUUCCUUUACUAAUAUCCUCAAAAAAUGCACUUCCACAUUCAACAAUAGCAUGUAAUGUAUCAUACUUUCAAUAACUACAGGGGUGCAAGGCUGUGCUCUAGGGAAAAUUUCAGGGAGCCUUUCGGGCUCCCCAAGCAUUCUUAGCUGGGAUGCCCCGGCCUCCAAGUUGGUCGCCCAAAUUAAUAAAUCAAUGAGCUGUUAGUUAAAUUAUUUUCUUAACAAGUCAAGCAGAAUUUUGUGAAUGUUUUUUUCAUGCAAAAUCACAUCCCUUUGACCGGGCUCCUGAGCGUGCGAAAAAAAAAAGCCCGCAUGUUGUCAUAUGAAAGUAAGUUUUCGCGCCAUAUUAGAAACAUGGGCAACGCCGCCGAAUAUUUCAUGUUUUUUAAAUGGAAAAGUAAGAUUCUGGUCUGUUUAUGUCUAGUUGGAGUUAUGAAAACCGGGUUAGCACACAUUUGUAAUUUUUCGCAACUUCCCCUGUCUAAUAGCUUGACAUAUGUUUACUGUGUUGGUUGGUUAUGUCGUUUUUUUUUUUUGCUUGUUUUGUGGCUAGGGAUCCGUGUAGAAGUAGAUGUAGACUGAAUUACUAUCUUACCCCCCCCUCCCGAUUUUUUUCCUUACCUACAAUUCUUUCUUUAACACAAGUGACAGUUAUUUGAAAUCAGCGCGCGCCUAAAGCUGGUUUCGGUGCCGCUUAGCAGUCACCUUGAGAAAAGUGUCCCGGAGAGCAUCAUGUAAAGCUCUGAGAUGGGACAAAGUUAUUACGAUUCGCAAGUCUGACUCCUGUUCAAAAUCCGUUAAGAAAUUGUGUAAAUCGCUCCUAUUUACCAGAAAAAUGGCCACAACAGCCUUCAACAGAAAUAAGAUAGAGAUGGAGAAACGCGUUAAUUACCGUUUUUAACAUUCCCGAUGGGGGAAACAAGGCUACCUUUUUGGAGGUUACGUGUCUGCCAAGAAUUUUUCGCUGGGUUUACACAAAAAUUCUAUCCAAGCAAGAUUUUCGGAAAAUUAGUUGUAAAUGUUGUAAACAGCAAACGAUCUAUGAAAUGGAAAUUUAAAAUUCCAUAUUUCUCUCUGCUCUAGGGGCUGUGGGAACUCUCGCCUAUGCUCUCUGUCAGUUCUACCCUGAAAUGAAGAUAACAGUUUGUGACUUGGAGCCAGCCGUGAGUUUAGCCCAUCACUUCCGACCAUCAGUGGAAGCAUGCCCAAAUCAAGCCAAUGUUUCAUUUGCGGUCGGCGAUUUCUUCAAACCUGAAACCAUACCGAAGGCUGAGCUGUAUGUGUUGUCUCACGUUCUCCACGACUGGUCAGAGGAUAAAGUUGACUUGAUUCUUUCAAAUGUUUACAAGUGCUUACCCUCAGGUAAUUUUAAUAGAAAGAAGGUUUUACCGUUCUUUAACGGAUCCAGCACGCACGUACGGAAGUACGUGCAUGAAAUUAAAUCCAAGCAGAAAAUACUAGGUGCCGCACGUAACUUACAGUUCGGAUCAAGAAAACAAGGUUUAUUAUGUCUCUCGUUUAAUUACAAACUGAGAGGGCAUCAAGGAUUACAGUUCAAACAGGAAAGCUGUAAAUGAUCGAUGUGAAUGAAAUCCUACACGCGAGCGUCAAAAAUCGUGGCUUUGUGACCGCAAAACACUUAACACACCCAUAUUAAACUCCAAACUUACAAGAAACGCUGUAACAGCUUUACAAUGUUUUUUCCCUCAUGAAUUGUAACCAAAACGAACUUUGAUUCUGAAUUCACGGUCUUAAGUCUUUAAGCGAAAUGAGCCCGCGAACUGACUGAUGAAGAAGUGCUUUGGUAACAAAAGGUGUUUUAAUCUAGUAUGCAGACUACACGGUGACGGUUGACAGUGCAUAUAGAAAUGGCACAUAAGAUUAUUGUAUGACCAAUCAUCUAUCAUUUCAGGCGAUUACUUCGACAAUGUUGGAGACGUUUUAACUGCCUCAGUAACUGAGGGACUAAAAACGACUGGAAGUAAUCGUCUGAGAUUUAGGCUACUCUGGUGCCAUCAAAGGCAAACAACGCGCCAUUUUUCAUACCUCAUUUAUUUUUCUAGGUGGGGGACUCCUCAUUUGCGAACGGAUUUUAAACGAAGACAAACGUGGUCCAUUGCCUUCUCUCAUUUUCAGCCUUCUAAUGUUGGUGUCCACAGGUGGAAAAGAGAGAUCAACUCCAGAAUUCAAGCAUCUCCUGGAAAAGCAUGGGUUUAUAGAUGUUCACGCGAAACGUGUUUAUUUUACUCAAGAUGCCAUUUUCUGCAGAAAGAUGUAA